GACCGAGACUGGGCGAAGAGGCAUCAGAAGUCGUUUCGCACUUCAAGUGAAAACAUUUCGUACUUUCACAGACAAAUAGUGUCGCCAUGAAGCUAUUAGCUUUUCUCUUGGCCUUAUCGUGCGCUAUCGUAUACACGAGCGCUGAUUUGUCAGGGACGAAAUUACCGUUACAAUCGACUGGUCCGGUUCUACCAUCACAUGAAUCGCGUUUCCCUCGGCAAGCUCGUAAUGAUCGCACAACGGUGGACGUUUACGCAGGAUUCAAUAAAGUGCCUGGACAACCUUUGAGUGGUUCAAAGCGUCGACCUACUUGGGAUCUUAAUGUUAAUCAUAAUAUUGCAAACAAUGACCGCACAACUGUAGAUGUCUAUGGAGGAGUGAAUAAAGUACCUGGACAACGAGCACAAUCGCAUGUUGGCAUCCAAGCUGAAAAGAACUUUGGCAAAAAUGGUUUCAUCAGAGGUAAUGGUCAACUUCAGUCAGGUCCAAGAGGUCAUGGUGUCUCUCCCUCAGUUGGUAUAACUGGUGGCUUCCGAUUCAAGAGAGAGGCUGAACCUCAAGGAACUUCAUUAAGCUUUCACGGAACGCAACCUCUGAGUGGUCCAAUGCGUCAACCUACUUGGGAUCUUAAUGUUAAUCGUAAUAUUGCAAACAAUGGCCGUACAACUGCAGAUGUCUAUGGUGGAUUAAAUAAAGUGCCUGGACAACGAGUGCAGCCGCAUGUCGGCAUCCAAGCUGAAAGGACCUUUGGUAAUAACGGUUUCAUCAGAGGUCAUGGUCAACUUCAGCCAGGUCCAAGAGGUCAUGGUGUCUCUCCCUCAGUUGGUAUAACUGGUGGCUUCCGAUUCAAGAGAGAGGCCGAACCUCAAGGAACUUCAUUAAGCUUUCACGGAACGCAACCUCUGAGUGGUCCAAUGCGUCAACCUACUUGGGAUCUUAAUGUUAAUCGUAAUAUUGCAAACAAUGGCCGUACAACUGCAGAUGUCUAUGGUGGAUUAAAUAAAGUGCCUGGACAACGAGUGCAGCCGCAUGUCGGCAUCCAAGCUGAAAGGACCUUUGGUAAUAAUGGUUUCAUCAGAGGUCAUGGUCAACUUCAGCCAGGUCCAAGAGGUCAUGGUGUCUCUCCUUCAGUUGGUAUAACUGGUGGUUUCCGAUUCAAGAGAGAAACUGAAGAUGUUGAUGAAAUAGAACCCAUUAAAGAGUAUUAAAAGUUCCAGGCUUAAAAUGGCUUGUAUAUGUAGAUAAAUUUAUUUUGAAAAA